AAAACAAAAUAAAUUAGGGAUAAGGAAGAAAAUCUCUCUGUCCGGCCCGUCUCAUCCGAUUUCUCUCAAAUUUUCUUGUAACGUUUGGUUUCGUCUCUACUUCCUUAUCUUCCCCAGAAAGUUCAGAUCUUUUAUAUAUAUAUAUAUUUUUUUUAUCGAUUAGAUUACGCAAAUCCGAUUUGGGUCAAAAAAAAUUCUGAUCGAUUCAACGAUUCGAUCUGCGUAAAAUCAUCGAUCUUAAGAGACAGCUUUUAGAGUUUGAUAGAUCGAAGAAAGAAUGGAUCGUGUGGUUGGUGGAAAGUAUAAGCUGGGACGUAAACUAGGAAGUGGAUCAUUUGGUGAACUCUUUCUAGGUAUGUCUCUUUUUUUUUAUAUAUAUGUUCUUAUUCUCAGACAUUGUUUUUUUGUGUUUCUAGGAGUGAAUGUGCAAAAUGGAGAAGAAGUUGCUGUCAAGCUUGAACCUGCAAGGGCUAGGCAUCCUCAGCUUCAUUAUGAAUCAAAGCUCUAUAUGUUUCUUCAAGGAGGAACUGGUAUUCCGCAUUUAAAAUGGUACGGUGUGGAGGGUGAAUACAACUGCAUGGUGAUUGACCUUCUCGGCCCUAGCCUCGAGGAUUUGUUUAAUUAUUGCAGUCGGAAGUUCAAUCUAAAGACUGUUCUAAUGCUCGCUGAUCAGAUGUUAAAUCGAGUCGAGUUUAUGCAUGUCCGCGGAUUUCUUCAUCGUGAUAUCAAGCCAGACAAUUUUUUGAUGGGUCUUGGACGCAGAGCAAACCAGGUGUACAUCAUUGACUACGGGCUUGCCAAAAAGUACAGAGAUCUUCAAACUCAUAAGCACAUUCCCUACAGGGAAAACAAGAAUCUCACCGGUACAGCUCGAUAUGCAAGUGUUAACACUCAUCUUGGCAUUGAACAAAGUAGGAGAGACGAUCUGGAAUCUCUUGGCUAUGUGCUUAUGUAUUUUCUUCGAGGAAGUCUGCCUUGGCAAGGCCUUCGUGCUGGUACCAAAAAGCAGAAGUAUGACAAGAUCAGCGAAAAGAAAAGGCUGACACCCGUUGAGGUUCUCUGCAAAUCAUUUCCACCUGAGUUUACAUCAUACUUUCUCUAUGUACGAUCAUUGCGGUUUGAGGACAAACCAGAUUAUCCGUACCUAAAGAGGCUUUUCAGGGAUCUAUUUAUCCGAGAAGGAUAUCAGUUUGACUAUGUAUUUGAUUGGACAAUCUUGAAGUAUCCACAGUUCGGUUCAAGCUCCGGUUCCAGCUCCAAACCAAGAUCAAGCCUUAGACCAGCUCUGAAUCCCCCAGUGCCAUCUGCCGAGAGACCAGAAAAACCUUCAGCUGGACAAGACAGCCGUGAUAGAUUCUCGGGUGCUUUAGAGGCAUAUGCUAGAAGAAAUGGUUCAGGAAGCGGUGCGGUUCAAGCUGAUAGAUCUAGACCAAGAACCUCAGAGAAUGUAUUAGCAUCAUCAAAGGACACAACAACACCACAAAACUACGAGAGGGUCGAGAGACCAAUAUCGUCAACCAGACACGCAAGUUCUUCAAGAAAAGCCAUUGUCUCAAGCGUUCGAGCCACUUCCUCAGCUGAUUUCACUGAGAACCGCUCAGCCAGAGUUGUCCCAAAUAAUGGCCGUUCCUCGACCGCUCAAAGGAUUCAGCUUGUACCCGAUUCGACCUCUAGACCAUCGUCUUCUUUCACCCGGGCUGCGCCAUCGAGGACUGCUCGCGACAGCAUGCUCCAGAGCUUGGAGCUACUCACGAUAGGGAAUGGGAAGAGGAAGUGAGAGGCUUUUACGUUUUAUGAAUGUGGGACAUUUUUAUGGUUACUUUUUGUUUUUAUGUUGAGAAAUAAUCUGUUUUGCUGAUUGAAGGAAUAAAAUGUGAUAUAUGUAUAUUUUAUGUUUUAAGCU